ACAGUUUAUUCGCACACUACGACGACGACGCAUCCAGCAACAUACGUUUUUGAGAAAAUGUUUAUUUAAAUAUUUUUCCACAGUAAAAAAAGUAAAUAAAAUGGAUGAACUGCAAAAAUUGGAGCAUUUAUCGCUGGUGUCCAAACUCUGCACCGAAUUGGACAACCAUUUGGGCAUCAACGACAAGGAUUUGGCCGAGUUUAUAAUUGAAUUGGAAUCCAAGAAUCCCACGUUUGAGGGAUUUCGAAAGGCAUUGGUGGAAAAUGGAGCUGAAUUCCCAGAUUCGUUGAUUUCCAAUCUCCAGAGAAUCAUCAAAUUAAUGAAACCUACAGGUGGUGGGGCAAGCAGUGACAAAUCGGCAGCAGCUGGGGGAGCAGACAGCUCAGGCAACAAAUCAUCCAAAACCGAACAACUGGCUGUAAUGUUUCCUGGCUUAGCAAUGCCCAAUGAUAAAUUCAGUAAAGUCGAUGAACCUGAAUCCCAUUCCGAAAAUGACAGUGAUGCUGAUGAAAAGAAGACGAAGAAGAAAAAGGACAUCAUAAAGAAAGUUGAAGAGGAAGAUAUGAAAGCUGUGGAUGAUGCCAUGUUGGAAUUGGAGGCUUUAGCUCCAGGAUUUGUCAGCAAAGUAGAAACAAAGGAUAUUAAAAAGAAAGUGGAAAAAAGAUCCCGCUCUAGAUCGAGGUCCAGAGAUAGACACCGUGACCGUGAUAGGAAAAGAGAUCGAAGCCGUGAACGCACAAAAGACCUGGAUAGUUCAAGAAGCCAAGAUAAAGAUCGUCGUCAUAGAGAUCGUGAACGACGUUCAAGGUCAAGAUCUCGUCAUCGUGGUGAACGCAAAAGAUCUCGUUCCCGCUCCAGGGAGAACAGUAGAAGACAUCGACGCUCAAGAUCACGUUCACGUGAUAGAAGACGACGUUCCAGGUCUAGAUCGAAGGAGAGAUCGCGCCAUAAUAGGAGAUCCAGGUCGCGUGAAUACAAACGUGAAAAGAUGCCACCACCAGCACCAAUGCCAGAUGAUCCAGAACCGGGUAAAAUAUACACCGGUAAAGUGGCAAACAUUGUGCCCUUUGGCUGCUUUGUCCAACUGUUUGGUUUGAAAAAACGCUGGGAGGGUCUGGUGCACAUAUCCCAGUUGCGUUCCGAGGGUCGUGUUACGGAUGUUACAGAGGUGGUUAACCGCAACUCCACGGUUAAGGUAAAGGUUAUGUCGAUCACGGGACAAAAGGUGUCCCUGUCUAUGAAAGAAGUUGACCAAGAGACGGGACAGGACUUAAAUCCCCUAUCACAUGCCCCUCCGCCGGAAAAUGAACUUAAAGAUCGCAAUCCAGAUCGUCCGUUUGGUGGUGGUACAUCCCUGCUGAAUUUGCAAGGUGGAGCCGACAAUGAUGAAAGCGAUUCCCGGAAACGUGUAACACGUAUCUCUAGUCCCGAGCGAUGGGAAAUCAAACAAAUGAUAAGCUCCGGCGUGUUGGAUCGCAGUGAACUGCCCGACUUCGAUGAAGAAACGGGCCUUGUACACAAAGAUGAGGAUGAUGAAGAAGAUAUUGAAAUAGAAAUUGUCGAGGAAGAACCACCAUUUUUGGCAGGUCAUGGUCGUGCUCUGCAUGACCUAUCACCGGUACGUAUUGUCAAAAAUCCGGAUGGCUCUUUGGCCCAAGCUGCCAUGAUGCAAUCUGCCCUCUCCAAGGAACGUCGGGAGCAGAAAAUGUUGCAACGUGAACAAGAUAUGGAUGCAGUUCCCACGGGACUAAGCAAGAACUGGAUAGAUCCCUUGCCAGAUGAGGAUUCAAGCCGAACCUUGGCGGCAAAUGUAAGGGGCAUGGGUGCAGCACCCAUGGAGGUUCCCGAAUGGAAAAAGCACGUUAUAGGCGGCAAGAAGUCCUCGUUCGGCAAGAAAACCGACAUGUCAUUGGUGGAGCAAAGAAAAUCCCUGCCCAUUUACAAGCUACGUGACGAUUUGAUUAAGGCGGUGACCGAUAAUCAAAUUUUGAUUGUCAUUGGUGAAACGGGCUCUGGCAAAACUACUCAAAUCACCCAGUAUUUGGCUGAAUGUGGUUUUACAAAUCGUGGAAAAAUUGGUUGUACUCAGCCACGUCGUGUCGCUGCCAUGUCCGUGGCCAAACGUGUGGCCGAAGAGUUUGGUUGUCGUCUGGGCCAAGAGGUGGGCUAUACCAUUCGUUUUGAGGAUUGUACCAGUCCUGAGACUGUCAUUAAAUACAUGACAGAUGGUAUGUUGCUGCGUGAAUGUCUCAUUGAGGCCGAUCUGAAAUCCUAUUCGGUCAUUAUGUUGGACGAGGCUCAUGAACGUACCAUCCACACGGAUGUACUGUUUGGCUUACUAAAGACGGCGGUUCAAAAACGUCCCGAACUGAAAUUAAUUGUGACCUCGGCCACUUUGGAUGCUGUCAAGUUUUCUCAGUAUUUCUUUGAGGCACCAAUCUUUACGAUACCAGGUCGAACUUUCCCCGUGGAGGUGUUGUACACAAAGGAACCCGAAACUGACUAUUUGGAUGCUUCAUUGAUCACCGUUAUGCAAAUUCAUUUGAGGGAACCACCUGGAGAUAUUUUGCUGUUCUUGACGGGUCAAGAAGAAAUCGACACCGCCUGUGAGAUUCUCUAUGAACGUAUGAAAAGUUUGGGGCCUGAUGUCCCAGAAUUGAUUAUAUUGCCCGUCUACUCAGCCCUGCCGUCUGAGAUGCAGACAAGGAUCUUUGACCCUGCCCCGCCGGGUAGCCGUAAAGUGGUUAUUGCCACCAAUAUUGCCGAGACAUCGCUAACCAUAGAUGGUAUCUUUUAUGUGGUGGACCCGGGAUUCGUGAAACAGAAAGUUUACAACUCCAAAACAGGCAUGGAUUCUUUGGUCGUUACACCCAUAUCACAGGCCGCUGCUAAACAACGUGCCGGACGCGCUGGUCGUACUGGGCCCGGAAAAUGCUAUCGUCUCUACACGGAACGUGCCUAUCGCGAUGAAAUGCUGCCCACCCCUGUUCCCGAAAUUCAGCGUACAAAUCUGGCCACAACAGUGCUGCAGUUGAAAACCAUGGGCAUUAAUGAUCUUUUGCAUUUCGAUUUUAUGGAUGCUCCACCUGUCGAAUCUUUGGUAAUGGCCCUGGAACAGUUGCACUCCCUGUCGGCUUUGGAUGAUGAAGGUCUGCUGACACGCCUCGGUCGGCGCAUGGCCGAGUUCCCCUUGGAACCUAAUCUCUCGAAAAUGUUAAUUAUGUCGGUGGCCCUGCAGUGUUCCGAUGAGAUUCUGACCAUCGUUUCCAUGCUCAGCGUACAAAAUGUCUUCUAUCGCCCCAAGGACAAACAGGCAUUGGCCGAUCAAAAGAAAGCCAAAUUCAAUCAGAUUGAGGGUGAUCAUUUGACCCUGCUGGCUGUGUACAACAGCUGGAAAAACAAUAAAUUUUCCAAUGCCUGGUGUUAUGAGAAUUUCGUACAAAUUCGUACACUCAAACGGUCGCAGGAUGUUCGCAAACAAUUGCUGGGCAUUAUGGAUCGUCACAAAUUGGAUGUGGUGUCGGCUGGCAAGAAUUCGGUGCGCAUACAAAAGGCCAUUUGUUCGGGUUUCUUCCGUAAUGCCGCAAAAAAAGAUCCCCAAGAAGGUUAUCGCACCUUGGUCGAUUCCCAGGUGGUUUACAUCCAUCCAUCCAGUGCCCUCUUUAAUCGUCAACCCGAAUGGGUUAUAUACCAUGAAUUGGUACAAACCACCAAGGAAUAUAUGCGAGAAGUUACGACCAUAGAUCCGAAAUGGUUGGUGGAAUUUGCACCGUCGUUCUUUAGAUUCUCCGAUCCAACGAAAUUAAGUAAAUUCAAAAAGAAUCAAAGACUUGAGCCGCUAUAUAACAAAUAUGAAGAGCCGAAUGCUUGGCGUAUAUCUCGUGUGCGAAGAAGAAGAAAUUGAAGAGAUGGCAAUGCCUAUUUGUUUAAUUUUUUAGGAUUUAAAUUAAGUUACUACUUUUUUAUAAGUUAUCAUGAUAAAUUAUGUAGCUACUUGGAGAUUAUGUGCUAGCUAAAAUAUUCAAAAGAGAGAGAGACAGAAAUACACGAGAAAAUGUAUUUUGAAAUGACCCAAAAA